ACAAGACUGCAGUAUAUUGAAAAGUGCGUUACUUGCAACUUGAAAUUCUUCAGUCGCCAUGGUGGGGUCACGGUUUGGUGCUUAUUCGCGGAUGCCAAAGCGCAGAAUAGAUAGGCGUACUCCAAGUGGGGGCCAUGCGUCUAUGCCCUCAGCGCAAUGCUCAUCGACGCCUUGGACUGUCGCUCGACUGGAUGGUCCCCAGCAUCGCGACGCUAAUGCAGACAGCAAUCCCAGCAGCCGGAAGGAGUGUGUGUCUUCCAGCACAGAGCUUGGCGCAUCUCUGCUUCCGUGCUGCGCGAAGUAUGCAAAAUUGGGAUUCGCUGGGAAGCAGCCUUUGGAAACUGGAAAGCCCUCCAACCUUAUGCCCUUGCUUGGUAUGGGCCCUGGCCACAAGCUUCUGGCACGUCAGCUCAACCCGCGUCCGGCGAAGCGCCUGCGCGCUGACAUCCAACAUCGUCAACACAUGGCUGUUGCGGCGGGCGUUGCCGCUGCCACAAUCACCAGCAGCGCAAUUUCCUCUGCGGCCUCAACCACUGCCGCAUUCCUAGGCGCUCUGAUGUCUGGGUUAAUGCAUCCGUCCAUGUUCCUGCAGCUCAGCACAAGCGCCUUUGAUGCUUCGAGCGACUUCCUUCUUAACCGUUUCGAGAGCGCAGUGGUUAGUAACGUAACGGCGGCUGCUGUGGAUGUGACCAUCAGCCCGGCCGCUUGCGCCUGCCUGCGGCUGUCCCUGCGUAGCCGCGUACGGGUCGCCAUGGCUGGGAUGUCCAUCCUGUGCUUCCUGUGGGCGCUCGCCCACGCCCUGUCCCACUUGGGCUUCGACCACGACGCUACGAAGACGCUGCUGCACCUGGCGGGUAGCGGACCCGGGCUAAUGGAGAACUGCAGGGAGCUGCUUCAGGUUGGCUGCGCCCUGGGUGUGGGCGUAGCCAACUCAUCGAACAGCAAGAGCAAGAACUGAGGGGGGCUGUUGUGCUAUGGAGCGCGCAUUGCUGCUCUGUAUUGUAAAGUCUUUUGCAGUGGAGUAGCGGGCUCCUGAUACCAUGCCGACAUUGGCCUAGGAAAGCGUGGAAGGGGGAGACCAUGUAUGAUAGGUUGCGUUUACGGGUAUGUGUCAAACCUGGGGCCGCACGACAAUGUUGCUUGUUAAGAAAGAAGAAUGAGCGUGAAGAGAAAUGAACUCGUGCUUUUGACCUUCUUCAUUAGCAAAAUUGGGUGACAGUAGCGAGGAUGUGGGUGAAUAGGCGGUGUACAUAACGGGUACAUACAAUGACGCGUGAAAAGUGGAAGUCCGGGGGCCUGCUGCGAAGUGAUAAGAGAGCGGCUUGAAGAGAGAGAGAUAGACGUGAGGAGUAGAAAGGUGCGGGGGUUGCAUGCCAUCUGCCCGACCGAUGGGUCCAUCUGGUUAUGGACGGUGUGAAGGCGACUGUAGAGCAAGGGCCACUGGCGAGGGUUGGUGUGGUGCGCCAUUAGUGGUAGCUUUUUGUUGGUGUAUUAUCUGUUAAAGCAGUUGGCCCUGCGGAUAUGGGCUUUGUAGGUUGCAUCAUACUACAGUACUGUCUUGUUUGCUUAGACCUUCGCGCGUUGUUGUAGAUAGGUUAGCCGUUAUUCUUUUCCAAGCAUUUGAGGGAGAGAUUGUGUCGAGGGGUGUGGUUACUUUUGCUGGCGUUGAAGCAGCUAAGAAUCUUGGUUAGCCUCCAUGCGUUAGGCUGCAUGCCUGUCGUUGAAAGGGGAAAACCAGGCAGCCAGGUAGUUGAUGCAUGAAUUGUGACCAAAUGUUGAGAGAAGGUAUGGCUGGUAGGGAUGGUAUGUGUCUCUUAACCUUCUCACGCGUGAUUCUAACCCGUUGCGGACUUGCUGUAGGAUUCGUUGACCCCUGUUACCGCGUGUAGUUUUUGCAUCUUGUAGGUUUAGGUCUUUGGCAUGUUGCCUGUGCCUGGCCGUACUGUGCGUUCGGCCAUCGGUUGUUGCACUGUUAGAGAGCUAUCUCGAUGUAUGCUGUUUUAUCCGCCUUUGGUAUUGACUUGUAGGGGGUUGUAGCAUGUAAUUCGUGCAAAAGGGGGCUGUCUCGCAUCGGGGCUGUCCACCGACCCAUGGGUCGCGUGAGGUGCGUGGGAGUUUCGCGCGUGACAUUCUUUGAGGGUGAGGUAUCCGUGAGGACAGUGUGAGUGCAACAUUCACGAGGGGCCAUUGUGGUCUGUCCAGUGCACGUGAGAGAGUUGGAGAGAGGAGAGAGAGAGAACGGGGAGGGCGAAGAAUGCUUUGCCUUGCGAACAUUCUAUGCUGCGGUUGAUUGUCGGCCCAUGGUCUUGUACGUAUAAAUGGUGUGGGAGGUGCGCUUUGGUAUACCUCAGGUGCAGAGGGGGACGGCGGAACGCCUGGAGUCACACAAUGGCUGAGGCAAGCCAGUAGGGAGGGAGGGAAGUGCGCGGGUCGACAAGCAGGAAAGGCAUGGAGAGGAGUUGUAUGUCACGGUUUACCGCAGCACGUUGUCAGGUACACCGUUUUCAGAAGUCGUGUUGUAGGCUCUAGGGUUAGCUUUGUUGAACGUGGCGUGUGGGAGUUGCUAGUAUGGUAGCUUCUGCAUGGAUUGAAAUGAUGUGGGGCAGUCGGAAGCAACAUCUGGCUGGGCAACAUCUUUGUAGUUGCCGGCGGAAACUCCAAGUGCAGGUGGGGAACUUCGCUGUCGAUGGGGUUCUAUCUUGAGGCAGGGAGUGUCGUACCAUUUGAAGUGUGUAUGGGUAUUUGCCGUUUGGGGAGUCUCCGUACCGUGUAAAGUCAGGUGGACGUGUCUGAACACCUGUGUUGUGCAAAACAACUGUGCGGGCAUGCUGAAACUCAGGUGGAAGGGGCCUUGCGUCGUUCGCUCAAUCGCAUGGCCCUGUUGGCUGCAUGAGGAGACACAGUUGCGUUGCGUAGGUCAUGUCGUUAGCAAAGUUGUACGCGAAGUUGGUUAGGAGAAGGCCGCAAUCAACAACUUUCCAACCAAUGCUGUAAACGAGGAACG